AUGAUCUCGAGUAACCUUAUCAUUGAACAAAGUAAGAAUACUAAAGAAAACUCUAGAGAAAAGACUCUCUCAAAGAUAAAACUUACAAAAUCUGUCUUUUCAUAGAGUGUACCUGUUAUUAUCCAAUCAAUCAUUUUAUGCUCUUAAUAUAUUGUGGAUCUAUACUAUAGCGGAUAUGACCCAGAUCCAUCAGUAAUUGCUGGAGUAGGGUUCAGCUCUACCUUUACUAAUAUAAUAUUUUUUGCAGUUUGCUUUGGAUUUAAUGGGCUUCUUUUAUCGCUUGUUUCAUAAUCUAUUGGCGCAGGGAAUCUGAGAUAAGCAGGUAUUUAUGUGAAUAGAGCUAGAGUUAUUAUUGCAGCUUGGCUGCCUAUCGCAAUAUUUCUCUCAUUUUUUGUUGAAAGUAUGAUCAAAGGUAUUGGUAUAGAUUCUAAGACUGCAAAAAAUGCAUAAUUAUUUACUACUGGUUCAAUCCCAUACUGGAUUGCAUUUAUGUACUUUGAUAUUGCAAGAUAAUAUUUAUAUGCUUUUAAUAAGUCAUUCAUCUGCACUUGCAUUUUAUGCAUUCAGGCAGUCUGCCAUAUAAUACUCUGUUAAAUUGCCAUUGUAAAUCUAGGGCUGCCAUUUUAUUAUAUAAGUUAUUUAGCAAGUCUUGAACAAUGUACGAGCGUAAUAAUUAUCCAUAUCUAUCUAAAAUGCUCUCCUUAAUACAAGGAAUUCUGGUUCUUUGGAGUAAAAGAAACAUUUUAAAAUCUGGGUGACUAUACCAAACUUGCGAUUCCAGGGGCUAUAAUGUAUGCAUUGGAAUAUGCUGGAUAUGAAGUGCUUUGUAUGAUCUCUGGUUAUAUCUCAGUAACUGCGAACGCUGCUUAAUUCAUCAUACUUUCUACAAAUGUAAUGUUUUAUAUGAUCCCUUAAGGAAUCGGUUUGGCUAAUACUGCGAUUGUUGGGAAAAGUAUUGGCAAAAUGUAGAGUAACGUAGCAAAAGCUCAAUCUAAUUAUAUAAUCAAACUUAGUUAUGUAUUUGCUCUUUUAAUGGCAAGCAUUUAAUUCUCACUUAGAUAUUAAAUCGCUCGAAUAUUUACCUCCAAUCCUGAGGUCAUUGAAAUUAUUGUAUAUUCAACUCAAGUUUCUUGCAUAUCACUUGCUCUUGAUUUUAUAUAUUGCGUUUAAUAAGGAUCAAUCAGAGCCUUGACAAAAUUCAAUCAUGCUAUAAUAGGGGGAUUUGUUGCAUUUUAUGGUUUUGCUAGUCCACUUGGAUAUAUUUUUGCAAUUUAUUUAGAACUUGGAGUUCUUGGAUUGUGGUUAGGAUUAACAAUUGGACAGAUGAUUGUUAUUUCAUACUAUUAAUAUCUUCUAAACUGGGGGUUUGAUUGGGAAAAGAUUACUAAGGAAUGUUUUGAGAGAUAGGAAUAAGAUCAAAAUGAUGAUAAAGGAAAUGAAAAUUUAUUAGAGGCAUCUAAAAUCUAGCUCUCUACUAGAAAAUGUAGUGAUUCUAUUGAGAUGCAUUAAGAUCUAUCAUUAGGUUCAAAAAUAUUUGAUAAUCAAUAAUGA